UUUAUAUUCAUUGUUAACUAUUUUGGUAUCUGAAUUAGAUGGAAACUAAUCUAAAAUAUCUUAAAUACGCGCUCGUUAAUCGACAGAUAGAGCUAACCAAAUCUGGAAUUAUAUCUUUAUCCGAUAAUGGUGAAAGUAAACCCUCUAUGUAUCUCGACAAACAAAUGGUCUUUCCUGGAUCAUUAAUAAAAAUUAUUGGAACUUCUGAUGGUAAAGAAAGUGACGAAUGUAUUGUUCAAAUUUUAAACUUCAAUGCUGUUACAAAUAACCAAUUUUACGAAAUCAGGACGAGCUACUUGGUUAAAGUAGCAGAGGAAAUUUGGCCAUUUGUUAUUAGCAUUGACAGUCUUGAAAGUCGGUUACGUUUAGUUAACAAUAGCGAAGAAUGUCUUUGGUUGACUAACUUAAAAGUCAAUGACGUUGUGUGUGUGCGUGGAGAAUUGUUUAAAAAUGGAAACACGAAUUUUGAUUGUAUUAUACGUUACAUUGGUCCAGUGCAAGAACUCAAUUCCGUAGGAUAUUAUUUUGGAUUGGAAAUUUUGCAUCUCAAUAACGGGUACUCACCUCAAGCCAAGGAAAUUCAGUUCGCUACGAAGUACAUGCAGUGUGAACCUAACUUGGCAAUAUUUACCACUGCUAAUUGGAUAGCUCCUGUAUCAAGUGAAUCAAAACAUAAACUAUCCGCCAGACAAUUGAUCAACGAAACUAUUGAUCGUGUGUACACAUCCAUUGUGCCAUCAACAUUAAAUGGACAGCGAAGUGAUCACAAGUCCAAGAAACGACAGCCUACAGCUCAUUUUUAUGAUUCAUUGAUAGAAACAGACGUGAAUCGAAACACAGAUAAAUACGACUCCGAAUUCAUGAGUGAGUCUAUUAAAGAAAAUGAUUCAUCUAUAAACGGGAUAAAUAAAUAUAAUAAUAGUAAUAAAUUAUAUUUAAAUAACAUUCUGAUACCUAUGGGACGUAAAGGAUCAAGUCUAGUAAGUUGUCAGAAAAACGAGAAUAUUUUUGACACAAUGAAGAGAACCGAAUCAAAUAUUAAUGAAAGCGAUACUAAUGUUAUGACUAAUAGUGACAUUGAAGACGUUAGUAGAAAGGAGCAAAAUAUAAGCAUUGUUAGUAAUCGUCUGGAAAAAGAAAACGUCGAUUUGGCCGAUUUGCUCGGUACGAAUUGGCCGACAAAUGCCGGAGAAGCUGGUUUCAUUUUAAACAGAGCUAAAUUAGGUUCAAAACCAUGCGACAAUAAAUUGGAGACAUCUGCAUCUAGUUCUACCUUUGAAACUUUUGCCAAGAAUAGAAACAGAGUUUCCCAAGUACCUAGUUCAUCUAUAGAAGUCAACUGUAACACUG